ACAAGGAUAUACGUAAAAUAUGAAAAAUCAUACAAAUUAUAGAAUUCACGAAUCAUGAAACGUGCAUCUCAUUUUUAGAACUCGUAAAAUGGGAGUCACGCAAAUCGAUAGAAGAAAGGGUGUGAAAAUAAGAAGGAAAAGAAGGGGCGCAUGCGUUAAGGUUGUAGAAGAAGAGAGGGGAAAGUAUUGAUCUGUUGGACUGCCAUUUGUAUGAGAGCUUCUGUUUCUUCUCCGCCAUGGCUGCCACGUUCACUGUUGAGUUGAAAGCACAGCUGUUCCCUCCUCAUUAUGAGAGUCAAAGAUGCCUCCGUCCCUCCGUCCCUCCCUCUAUUUAAUUUCUCUGCCCAUCAAUUCAGCUCCUUCCACUCUCCCCAUCAUCUUUCUCAUGGACGCCCCUUCCUUCCCCCAGCCCCCUCUCGAAAGGAAGCCUUCCAUUGAUUCCGAACCCAAGACCUUGCUCCACCAUGAAAUGAAGCUUGCCAGGGAGGCGGCUCUCAAAAUCAUGACUACUCACAGCAGAGAGGAGGCCCUCAAAAUAUUCCUCGCGGGUUUGGUCCCCGUUAAAAUCCCGAAGCAAGCGGAGGAGGAUGUUGUCGCGUCCGACGGCGAUGAAUCUUAGAAUUGGGUUGGAUCAGAUUGCUGGGCAGCGUGAACGUGAGGGAUUACAAAUACAACAAGCUCGUUCAGUGGGCGCG